CUUUUGUUCCUUUUCUCACUUGCAGCAGCAGCAUCGGCAUCAGCAGCAGACACCAAUGUCUAUUUUAUUGAAAAACAACGUUUUUUACUGGAAAUUCUACAUCAUGUGCACGAACCUUUGUUAAACAGAAAAUGGUUAAUAUUGGGCCAACAUUUGAUAACGGAUAAAACUGAAUAUGUGCUGUACAAUGAAGAGAUGAGAAAAUUCUAUGAGUCAUACACUAUGGGUCGUUUGGUGCCUAAGGAUAUCUUUUAUAGUAGUCAACAUCCCGAGCACUAUGAGCAAACUUUGGGUCUUUAUUAUUAUUUCUACAAUACACGUGAUUGGAGUACAUUGCGUCAAAAUAUUUGCUGGGCACGAGUUCAUGUCAAUGCGGGUCUCUUUCUUCAUGUGCUGACUUUGACUCUGUUCAAGCGGGAGGACUACCGACCACUGAUAAUGCCCAAAAUCUAUGAAAUAUUGCCUGAGGUCUAUUAUCAUGAAGUUACAGUGCAAAAAGCGCUUAACUUUAACUUUGCCAAUUGGUUUAGAGAGCAGGGAAAUUUAAGUGAUAUUAUCGAAAUCUUACCCAAGGAAGGGCGGAAUGGUGAGAAUUGGUUUGAGGCCAUGUCUGAGAUGCAUUUUCUCAGAUUGAAUGUUAACAGCAAAGCACACACUCAAGUUAAAUAUCUUACGGAGGAUAUAGGAUGGUUAUCAUAUUGGUAUUAUAUCAAUAUGGGUGUAGCUCAAAGUGAAACAAAUUUACAACAAGUCCAUGAAUUUUGGUAUUGCCAAUUAAGACAAUUACUCUCACGCUAUAAACUUGAACUCUAUGGCCAACAACUGGAAUAUAGAAAUUUAAGGGAAAUUAAUGAACCAAAGGCCACCCAUUUAUUAACUUGGCAAAUGCAACGUUUUCAAGAUGAAACUUUGGCCACUAGAAAAUGGUUAAAAGAUAAACUCAAACAACUCGAAAAUCGUGUGCAUAUGGCCCUUCAGACGCAACAUUAUGUACUAGCGAAUUCAACUCAAAUUGAUCUUAGAUUAAAAGAUAAUUGGCUAUUGGCCUUGCAAGAACUGUUUCCAUUUGAUUAUAGCCAACUGUUGACUAUCAAUGCUGAGAGACCUCAGCUAAUCUUCGAAUGGCAUACUGCAUUGCGUUCAGCGAAUUUCUUUUAUUAUAUAGAAAAGUUACUCAAGCUAUAUGAUAACUUUAGAUCUGAUUUUCUUAAGAUGAAGUAUAAAGAAAGUAAUGUUUAUGGUGAGUUAAGUUUUCAAGGUAUUGACAUAACUCCCUUGAUAACCUAUAUGGAACCAGUUGAUGUCGAUUUGAGUAAUCUGUUACAUGUUAAGCAUUUUUAUUAUGCUGAACAUUUUCAAUGGCCCUUCAGUCUGCAAGCACGUCAAUGGCGUCUACAACAAAGACCCUUUAGCAUUACAUUUCGUGUGAACAGUAAUAGAACUCAGUCCAUAGUGUUGCGUUUAUAUCUUACCACUCCCACAAGAGGUGACCAGGAGCCUUUCUAUCAUUUGGCCCAAUUUGUUGUGUCACUUAAAACAGGUUACACUAAUAUUACCAAAUUUUCAAAUCAAUUUUUCGGUCUAGUUGAUGAUCAUAUUACUCUAACUGAACUCUAUCAAUAUGUUAAACUUGCUGAAUCGGAUAGAUAUGAUUUUCCAUUUAACAUAACGACACCGAAUUGUGGUUUUCCAAGACGUUUGCUAUUACCACGCGGUGGUCGUCAUGGAAAACCUUUGCUCAUGCAUUUACUAGUGAUAGCAACACCUUACAAUGAGUCGAUGAAUAUUAUAGAGGAAACUAAAUAUCAAUUAAAUUGUGAUUUUUCUAAUCCUUGGAUCAAUCCUUUUGAGCCACAAUUGGAUGGACUUAAUACUUGGCAAAUGCAUUGGCAGCAAGUGGAAAUUUAUCAUGAAGAAAACGAAGACGAUUGA